AUGAAGGCCUAUUUCGAAUACCUCGUUGCGGCUUUGCCCCUUCUCGGGCUCGCCACCGCUCAGCAAGUCGGCAAGCAGACGACGGAGACGCACCCCAAGCUGUCAUGGAAGAAGUGUACCGGCAAGGCCAACUGCAACACCGUCAACGCCGAGGUCGUCAUUGACUCCAACUGGCGCUGGCUUCAUGACUCCAGCGGCAAGAACUGUUACGACGGCAACAAGUGGACCAGUGCCUGCAGCAGCGCCACUGACUGCGCGUCCAAGUGCCAGCUUGAUGGAGCCAACUACGGAACUACCUACGGCGCUUCGACCAGUGGCGAUGCCCUCACCCUCAAGUUCGUCACCAAGCACGAAUACGGCACCAACAUCGGCUCGCGUUUUUACCUCAUGAAUGGCGCGUCCAAGUACCAGAUGUUCACGCUCAUGAACAACGAGUUUGCUUUCGAUGUUGACUUGUCCACUGUUGAGUGCGGCUUGAACGCUGCUCUGUACUUUGUGGCCAUGGAGGAAGACGGUGGUAUGGCUAGCUACUCUAGCAACAAGGCUGGUGCCAAGUAUGGUACUGGUUACUGCGAUGCCCAAUGCGCUCGUGACCUCAAGUUUGUCGGUGGCAAGGCCAACAUUGAAGGUUGGACUCCGUCCACGAACGAUGCCAACGCUGGUGUCGGACCUUAUGGUGGUUGCUGCGCUGAGAUUGACGUAUGGGAGUCCAACGCACACUCGUUCGCCUUCACGCCGCACGCGUGCAAGACCAACAAGUACCACGUCUGCGAGAGGGACAACUGCGGCGGUACCUACUCCGAGGAUCGCUUCGCCGGUCUCUGCGAUGCCAACGGGUGCGACUACAACCCGUACCGCAUGGGAAACACCGACUUCUACGGCAAGGGCAAGACCGUCGACACUAGCAAGAAGUUCACCGUCGUCUCCCGCUUCGAGGAAAACAAACUCACCCAAUUCUUUGUCCAAAACGGCCAAAAGAUCGAGAUCCCGGGGCCCAAAUGGGACGGCAUCCCCUCAGACAACGCCAACAUCACGCCCGAGUUCUGCAGCGCGCAGUUCCAGGCGUUCGGCGACCGCGACCGCUUCGCAGAGGUCGGCGGCUUCGCUCAGCUCAACAGCGCGCUGCGCAUGCCCAUGGUGCUCGUCAUGUCCAUCUGGGACGACCACUACGCCAACAUGCUUUGGCUGGAUUCUGUCUACCCGCCGGAGAAGGAGGGCCAGCCGGGUGCUGCGCGUGGGGAUUGUCCGCAGAGUUCGGGGGUGCCGGCGGAGGUGGAGAGUCAGUAUGCUAAUUCCAAGGUUGUUUAUUCGAACAUUCGGUUUGGGCCUGUGGGGUCUACUGUUAAUGUUUGA